UCUUAUUUUCUUCCACAUAUUGGAUGUUGGCAACAUUGUGUACAACUUUGAGGAAUCAAAUCAACUAAACUUACCGGAUUAUUAGUACCUCGUUUGUACAUACAGUUCAAAGCGCAUGCUAAUUCAACACUAUGCUCUGAGAAUUCAGCGUUAAACCAACCACCAUGGAUAUGGAGAAAGCCUUAUCUAUGGUGCUUGACACCUUACAAUGUGCUUCCAGUCAAAAUCAAGAAAAUUUUAAACCUGCUGAAAAGAAGUUGCAGGAAUGGGAAACAGAACCAGGAUUCUAUUCUAUCUUAUUGAAUAUUUUUUCUAAUCAUGCCGUUGAAGUAAAUGUAAGGUGGCUUGCUGUCCUAUAUUUUAAAAAUGGUGCUGAAAAAUACUGGAGGAACACUGCUCCAAAUGCCAUAUCUGAAGAGGAGAAGGCAAAACUCAGGCAGGGGCUUGUGGCCAACUUCAGGGAGCCUGUGAGUCCUCUUGCGACUCAGCUAGCUGUUGUCAUUGCGAAGGUUGCUCGUAUGGACUGUCCCAAGGAUUGGCCUGAGCUUGUCCCAACACUUCUGACUGCAGUUAGGGAUGCAGAUCUUUUAGUUCAGCACAGAGCUCUUCUUACAUUACAUCAUGUUGUAAAAACAUUAUCAUCAAAACGGCUUGCUGGUGAUCGACGACUGUUUCAAGAAUUAACAGGAAAUGUUUAUUCUUUUGCGCUAACUCUUUGGAACACUCAUACUGAGUUAUUCCUACAACAAUUUUCUGAGAAUGCUGUAGCAGCUGCACCAUGCUUAGAAAAAGCUCUAUUAGCCUUACGAAUUUUACGAAAACUUACGGUUCAUGGGUUUCUGAAACCUAAUGAAUCUGAGGAUGUUGUGAUUUUUAUUAAUAUGGUGUUUGACCGUGCCAAGACAAUGCUAGAGUGUAGAAAGCAGCUUCCAAGUAAAAGUGGCUUGCGGGACCUGAUAGAGAAGUUUAUCAUUAAUUUGACUAAAGUCUUAAAUUCUGUUCUGGAAACACAUCCAUUUUCUUUUAUUGAUUUUAUUCAGAAAACCCUUGAAUUUACUGUGUUUUACACAUUUAUGUCAGGCAACCAGGAAUGGUUAUUUGAGCGAUUCAAGAUUCAGUGCCUUAAUCUUAUCAAACUUAUUAUGUUAUGUGUGGAGUAUAAGCCUGCUAAAGUUGUUGAAGAAACCAAGGAUCCUAAUACAUUACGUGCCCAUCAAAUCAAGACAUCAUUUUUCACUCCAGAAGUGCUAACUGCAAUCUGUCAGGGCCUUGUUGGUCAUUACUUUCUCCUGACUCAGGAAGAUUUACAGAUGUGGGAUGAAGAUCCAGAAACAUUUGCAAAUGACGAGACUGGAGAAUGUUGGAAGUACAGCUUGAGGCCUUGUACAGAGUGGUUAUUUAUGACUGUUUUCCGUGAAUUCCACACAAUCCUUUCCCCUGUCCUUUUAGCAAUGAUUCAGUCUAACCAUGGUCCUGUUUCUGGCAAUGAUCUCAAUGCUAUACUUGUUAAGGAUGCCGUGUAUUAUGCAGUUGGUCUUGCAGCAUUUGACUUAUAUGAUGUGAUUAAUUUUGAUGAAUGGUUCUUGACUACUCUCCGACAAGAGCUACAGCUACAGGGUGGUCAUUAUCGUGUAUUGCGACGUCGGGUUGCCUGGUUGCUGGGUCAGUGGACCGGUGUUCGAUUUUCAGCCGAGCUAAGACCUGUGUUGUAUAGUGCUAUGUUAUCAUUGUUGCAACCAAAUGAAGAUUUAGUUGUUCGUCUGACUGUGUCACAUGCUUUAAAAUUAGCCAUGGAUGAUUUUGAAUUCAGUACUGAUCAAUUUCUUGAGUACCUGGAGCCUGUUAUUGGGUUAUUAUUUAACCUUUUAAAAGAAUGCAAAGAAUGCGACAGCAAGAUGCAUGUGUUAUAUGUCAUGUCCUUUGUUGUGGAGAGAGUUGGUCAUCCAAUCAGACCCCAUGUAUCCAACCUUAUUCAAUACCUACCUUUGGCUUGGGAAGAAUCCGCAGAACAUAGUAUGUUAAGGUGUGCCAUUGUAUCCACAUUGGUUCAGAUAGUGAAGGCAAUGGCCCAGGAAAGCAAAGUUCUUCACAAUUUUUUGAUGCCAGUCUUAGCACUUUGUACAGACAUGCAGCAAGACUCCAAUGUUUAUCUCAUUGAAGAUGGGCUAGCAUUGUGGCUUGCUUGUGUAGAAAAUGCAACUGAAAUGACAGAUGAGCUUAUGCAACUAUUUCAAAACAUGCCUCCACUUAUUGAAUCCACUACAGAAAAUCUUCGUAUUUGUCUCAUAAUCACACAAGCAUAUGUGCUUUUGUCUCCAGAAUGCUUUCUGAAGGUUUAUGGAGAUACCAUGUUAAAAUCCUGUCAGUAUAUGCUGACUGAUUUACGUCCUGAAGGUGUGGUUAUCAUUAUGAGGUAUUUUGAGUUAUGUUUGAGAGCUGCCCCUCAACUUUCAUGUGAACUGUUGAAGCCUUUGAUCUCACAAGUAAUGAUACAUGUUUGCAAUAUGCAAUGUAAAAGAUAUGAGAAAUCAUGUAAAACCUUUGCUGUAUAUGCCUGUAUUAUUUCUCGAGUUCUACUGUGUUCUAAGGACACUUUUAGUCAGAUGAUGAGGGAAGCUGCUCAGCAGUCUGGUCAGACUGAAGAUCAAUUUUUUGCCACUCUCCUGAUGAGCUGGAACAAAUGGAUGCCUCUUGUAAGUGGUUUGGGGCGUAGAAAAAUUUUGGGCUUGGCCUUAUCCUCUUUACUUACUGUGCAAUCAAGGAUUGUACUUGAUGAGUUCAGUGGAAUUAUUCGUAAUGUUGUUGAAUCAUUAAAUGACAUCACCAAACCAGAUGAAACGGGUGCUCCUAUAGACAUUAUGUGCUGUAGUUUAAGUGUGCCAUCAAGUGAAACUGAUGAGAUUUUUGAUCAUGAAACUGAGCAUGAUCAACGAAUGAAGCGUCUUGCUACACAAGACAUAGUGCACACAGUUGUUCUUAGAGACUACCUUUUGUCCCAACUCAAUGAAUUAAAAACCCAAAUAGGUCUGGAACCAUUGCAACAGUUUCUUAAAAGCCUAGACAGCGAAAUAGCUUCAAUGCUUGAAGAGUACAUGAAUGUAAAUGGUAGGGAGUCCCAUAUUGAGUCUCAUUUCACAGACUUAAGAAUCUCCUGAGCAAGUGGUUUACACCUAAAGGGAAGAGACGAAAAAAUAAAUUAUUGAUUUAUAAUUGAAUCAAAUAGAUUUUUAUCACUGCUUAUUUGGUACUGUUGACCAAUGGAUACAUUUCCUCCUGCUAUUCAAGUAAUAUUGUUAUGAGAAAAUAAUCUUAUAUUAUUAUUAAUAAAAUCCAAUUUUGUUAACAAUGUUAA